ACAUAAACACCAUACAAGUGUUGUGUAGAAACCAAAUGCGUGUCGGUUCCAUGCGAGAUGGUGGUAAAGAGAUCUGCAUUGACAAGAAGUACAAACCCAGAAAUCCAUGCCUCGUAUAUUCCUUUGGAUCCAACUACGACUUCGAAUUCGAGAAGCACAUGUUUGACAGAUACCAGUGCGAGAUACACACUUUUGAUCCCAGUAUUAACCCUCAAGUACAAGUUCCCGAGUACGUUAUCUUUCACAAAAUCGGACUAGGCGGUAAGGAUUCCACGGUCGGUCCUGACAAGUUCGAUGUUCGUCGCUUCUCCACUAUUGUCAAGCAACUAGAUCAUGAAAAGAGGCACAUUGAUAUCCUUAAGAUAGACAUUGAGGGCUGGGAGUGGGCCGCGCUGUCGGACAUCUUCGUAAACGGCGGACUUAGCCGAGUGAGGCAGCUGAGUCUGGAAAUUCAUUUCGGAACUAUCUCUGACUAUCAGCCAAAACGCAAGCGUAUGCUUACCAUCAAUUCCUUACAAUCUUUGCGAAAACUCUUGGCCGCAGACGGUAGCAACGAUGGCAAAAAGCGCGCGAUCGUUCAUCAAAUUACUGACAAGAGCAAUGUUGAUGGUAUGAAGAAGGAGGUAGAAAACAUGCGUGAACAGUACAAAGACAAGCGAGCCAAAGGAAUUGAGCUUUGGUCAAAUGAUAAAAAGGACUCGGGAUUUGCACACGGAAAUAUUGCAACAGAGGAACACGAGGGUGUUUGGGGAGGGGUGUCGUUUGCCUUCCAGUUGAAGGUAUUAAGGCAGCUUUACGAGCAUGGAUUCCGGAUUUUCAUGCGAGAACAUAAUACGUUCCGCGUGCAAACUUUACCAAAGCCCUUUUGGACGUUUUCUAACGUUAACGAAUUGUCAUUUUUAAAUUUGUACGACCAGUUUGGAAGUUUUGAUAUGUGAACUGUGUUUUAUCAAUGCGUAUUUUUUUACCAAUAUUAAGUCUACCCAUUUCCAUGUUCUGGAUUCAAUAUCGAAGUGAACAGUCAACGAGAUAUGAAUGCAAAUCAAGUAAACCCAUGUUGGUUCAUCAGCUUAAAUAAUGAAAAGAGACAACGAAAACAGAACUCUACUCGAAUCUUCUUAAUCCGAAUUCGAUCUACUAAAUUGGUUCCAGCGGUCCACUUUGAUACUACAUGUUUCGUAUAAUUAAAACGGAUUUUAUUUAAGCGAUUUCACAGCAUAUUUGUUAUUUGAACUAUGUAUCAGGUUCAUCAAACACGAUUUUAUAUAAGCGAUUUCACAACAUUAUUGUUAUUUGAACUGUGAAGCAGGUUCACCGCAUUAAUCCGCGAGACUCUCGCUAUAAAGAAUGCCAAAACACGCGAGGGCAACAAUUGUAAAGCGAUUAUGGAUUAUAACACAGCAGCUAAAGCGAAUUAAACCAAUUUCACUACCAACAUAUUUUUGAGACAUAAAUAUAUUUCUGUGCCAAUAAAAGAUCGCGAUUGAUAAAGCUGAUUAGCGGCCUAUAAAGAUUCACAAGUGUACCAACCCGGUCAGUGAUUUGCAGAAAAUAUAUACAUGUAAUCCGUAGAAACCGCAUAUUUCUAAUCUCGACUAUUUGGUUUUAAGUAAUUAGCUUAUGAAAUAGAGAUGUUUCGUAAGGGUUUUUGUUCUAAUAGAUUCCGUAAUAAUGAAAUGUGACAUAUACUUUACGUAAACGGUAUCUCUUUCAUUAUAAAACGGAAAAACCUCCGUUUUUCUUAACAUUUUAGAUUUAUAAAUAUUAGUGUUUUUCUACAUCGUUUACCUACGAACCACCAUUUCAUAAAUGCAGUAAGACCAUAACAACUUGAUGUUUCUUAUUUUUAGGCUGACGGGAUUUUUUUUAACGAAAAAUGAAUAAAUUGUACAUAAAAAUUGUCACACAAAUUGUGAAAGUUGUACCUGUUAAACCAAUAUUUGUACAAAGAGUGUCCAAAUAGUCAAUGAAUAGGGAUAAAAUACCCAACACGUAUUAUAUAUACAUUUUAAUAAGUUACAGAAACUUGUUCACAUAUAUCCGUAUUUUAAAAUGUAAUUUUAUGAAUUUACUAGCAAAAUGUUUGUAGUUCUAAGUUUCUGUAAUAAAAUAGAAAUAGUCUUAGAUAAAUGUGCCUGUCUGGGAUCGGAACUCUGGAUCUCUAGAAUUAACAACAUAUGAAAAGCUACUCACGCUUUAACCCUUUGCAU